AUGUACAAGUACGCCGUCGUUGCCCUUGCUGUCUUCUCUGCCUCUGAGGCAUUCCUCUUCGGUGGCGGCGGCAGCAGCUGCGGUUGCCCUCCACCACCUCCUCCAUGUGGAUGUGCUGCUCCUCCUCCACCACCUCCACCAGCUCCCUGCGGUGGUGUCCCGGCAUGUGGAGCAGCCCCAGCAUCCGGUGGAUACGCUCAGGCUCCUCCAUCAUUCGGCGGAUCUGGUGGUUACGCUCAGGGUCCAGGAGGUUUCGGUGGUUCAUCAGCUGGAGGAUUCGGAGGACCAUCCGGAGGUUCAUAUGCUGCAGGCCCAGCCGGUGGUUUCGGAGGACCAUCAGGAGGAUCGUACGCUGGUGCCGGUGGAUUUGGAGGACCAUCUGGAGGCUUCGGUGGACCAUCAGGAGGAUCAUACGCAGGUCCAGCUGGAGGAGCCGGAGGAUUCGGAGGACCAUCAGGAGGAUCAUACGCCGGCCCAGCUGGAGGAGCCGGAGGAUUCGGAGGACCAUCAGGAGGAUCAUACGCUGGCCCAGCUGGAGGAGCUGGCCCAGCAGGAGGAUUCGGAGGACCAUCAGGAGGAUCAUACGCCGGUGGAGCUGGAGGAGCUGGCCCAGCAGGAGGAUUCGGAGGACCAUCAGGAGGAUCAUACGCCGGUGGAGCUGGAGGAGCUGGCCCACAAGGAGGAUUCGAAGGACAAGGCCCAGCUGGAGGAUCAUACGGACAAGGACCAGCCCAAGGACCAAUUGGUGGCGGAGAAGGACCAGGACCAGCAGGAUCAUACUCUGGCCCACAAGGAGGACCCGGCCCACAGGGAGGUUCAUACGCCGGCGGAAAGCACUAA